GCGCCCACCUAGUCUUUAGUUUCAGGUGGAUUUGAAGAGGACCGUUUUUACUUGGCAGAUAUCUAAAAACAGAGUGAAACAUCAGUCUUUUCCUCUAACUCUGGAUAAGUAGGGCACCGAGAUGCCCAAGAGUGAUACCUGGCCAGGUGGCACAGCACUGGAGACGAUGAAUGGCAUGGACAGCGCCGGGAGCUGCGACAGUGUUGUUAGUGCCAAUUCAGGCUUUAGUGAUGACAGCCUAGAGCAUCUUUCUGCCGAAGAAAAGGCAUGUCUCAUGUUUUUGGAGGAGACUAUUGAUUCUUUGGACAUUGAAGAGGACAGCGGACUUUCCAAUGACGAACCAGACCAGCUGCCGAGCCCAGGCAACAUCACAACCAAACUGGCAGACCUGUCGGCCUCCAUGAGCAAAAGCAAGCUCAGCAGUUCAGAGAAACCUGUUUCUGAUCAACCCUUCAAGAAAAGCGUGAAAUCCAUACACAUGCAGAGCUAUCUGGUUCCCACUCCCCUCGUCGUGGCAAACUGCUCACUGGUUCCCAGUGAUAAACCAGUUAAUUGUGCUGACAAAUCUGCGUUUUUAAAGCCUCACUUCACAUCUAAAAUCAACAAACUUACUUCCAAUUACAACCAGAAACCUGCUACCACCCCAGUACCUUUUGAGGUUAAUGUGGUGACACCCCCUUCCGCCAAACCAAGGGACUGCUCAGUCAAGACAGCUGAAGGUCCGUUACCAAGAGGACCUCUGUCUUACGAUGCACUCGUUCAUUUGCGGAGGAACGCCUCCACGAAGAAGACCCCUUUAUGUCCUACGAUUGAUCACACUAUAGACUUGAACAAACAGUGCACCCCAAUGGAAUUCCCAAACCUGGAAAAUCUGCAGAAAUCUGCCAAAUCCCACCCAGAGGUCCUCAAAUCUCAGACAGGGCCUCCAGCUGUGGCCCCCAAACCUAAAACGGUUCCUGCCAACAUACGUAAAAAGACCCAAAAUGAAGACAUUUUACACAGCGUCAAGCAUGCAACAAACCCACAGUUGGUUAGGUUGGAAGCUCUGCAGAAGCUCGGCCUCCUGAAGGACAAAGAGAGAGAAAGUGCAGCAGCAGCCACACCACCUCCUACUAAAUCGCACAGUUUUUUGGAUCCGGCCUUUAACAGUAACACAAGAGGUCCAUUAAGCUGUAAUCCAACAAGGAGUCCAUCGUUUAGUUCCUCUCAAACAUCCACGAAACACACGAACAGGAAUGUGAAGGGCCAUGUCCAUUUCCAUCCCAACUAUAGAGAUGAUCAGGAGCCCGGGUCGGCAUCACAGCAUCCCGCUCAGACCAGUAGACUGAAGACAGCUGGUCUGGAGCGCUCCGUUAGCCUGGAUUCCUACACAAACUACUCCGAACCCCAACAUAUCCCAUCAGACAAGUCUGUGAAAACCACCAAUACGACUCAGCCUUCAGACAGCAAACCCACCAACCUAAUGGGAUACACGGUGAUGGUGGUUCCUGGGAUGGGACAGGAUCGAAAGGAGGCUCUUAGAAAGCUGGGACUCCUCAAGGACUGAACCUGGAGAACAGCAGGUUUAAUGUGGCGUUAGGAGAGAUUACCACCAUCCAAAAGAAUCCCAAAGAAAGGAAUUUAACACCUUGCAGGUGAAACGUAUUCAAGAUCAAAGCUGCCAUCAUAAAAACACAUUAGGUACCAAAUCAGAUUCAUGUAAUUCUGAGCUCAUUUUCUGCCACAACCUCCAGCAGUCACCAAACACGUGCCUUGUACCUUUUAAAUGUUUUUUAACCAUGUCAGCAAAUUACCAUCAGUUCAGUUUCAGUUCAGUACAAUAACCUAAAAUGAACUUUCAUCUAUCACAUUUCUGUUAUUGUUUCAUUUUCACAAAUGUGUCUGUAAUAAAGCAGCUGAGAGGGUUGCAAGAGCAAAGCCCAGUUUUAAAUGUUUUAUUAGCUACUUCAGCGUGAUCAUAGAAUAUGAACCUUUAGGAAACAAAACAAUAUUUUAGAAGCUAUUACUUGCCAAAAGUUUCUAUUGAAAAAAAUA